GCGCGCCCCGUGUCCCCACCUUGUCCCCCCCGCCCGGGCAGGAUGUGGCGCCGCCCCCUGCAGACGGGACCAUGGGGCGGCCGGGGGGGCUCCUGCUGCUGCUGCCGCUGCUGCUGGCGGCCCCGGGGGGGGCCGGGACAGGGUCCUGCGAGCCCCAGGCGACCUGCGAGGCGUGUGUGCGAUCGCACCCGCGAUGCGCCUGGUGCGAGGACCCGGAGUUCCCGCGGGGGGGGGCGGGCAGACGCCCCCCGCUGCGCCCCCCGGGAGGCCCUGGAGCGCGCCGGGUGCCCCCCCGGCGCCGUGGUGCAGCCCCGGGGCAGCGUGCGGGUGCUGCGGGACCGGGCGCCGGGGGGGGGCCCGGGGGGGCCCACCCAGCUCAGCCCCCAGAGCGUGCGUGUGCAGCUGCGGCCCGGGGAGGAGCGCAGCUUCCCGGUGCGGUUCCGGCGGGCGGCGGCGCCCCCCGUGGAUCUCUACUACCUGCUGGACCUGUCCUACUCCAUGCGGGACGACCUGGGGACGCUGCGGCGCCUGGCGAGGGACAUCCUGGGGACGCUGCGCAACGCCACCCCCGCCGCCCGCAUCGGUUUCGGGUCGUUCGUGGACAAGCCGGUGCUGCCGUACGUGAGCACGGCGCCCGCCAAGCUGCGCAGCCCCUGCCCGGGCCGGGGGGAGCCCUGCGACCCCCCCCGCGCCUUCCGCCACCUCCUCCCGCUCACCGGGGACCCCGAGCUGUUCGCCCAGCGCGUGGCGCGCCAGCGCGUGUCCGGGAACCUGGACGCGGCCGAGGGCGGCUUCGACGCCAUCGUGCAGGUGGCCCAGUGCCAGGAGCGCAUCGGCUGGCGCGCGGCCGCCCGCCUGCUGCUGUUCGCGUCGGACGACACGUUCCACGCGGCGGGGGACGGCAAGCUGGGCGGCAUCGUCAACCCCUGCGACGGCCGCUGCCACCUGGACCACAGCGGCGUCUACGCCAGCAGCCACCUCUAUGAUUACCCCUCGGUGGGACACGUGGCCCAGGUGCUCUCGGCCGCCAACAUCCAGCCCAUCUUCGCCGUGACCGGGCCCAACGUCCCCAUCUACCAGGAGCUGAGCCGCCUGAUCCCGCGGUCCGUGGUGCGGGAGCUGCGGGACGACUCCAGCAACGUGGUGCAGCUCAUCGCCGACGCCUACAGCAGCCUGUUGUCCACGGUGGAGCUGCAGCACUCGCCGCUGCCCCCCGGGAUCAGCCUCAGCCUCGAGGCGCAUUGCGGGGGCCCCCCCGGCCCCCCCCGGCCCCACGGCGCCUCCUGCACCGGCGUCCGCGUCAACCAGGAGGUGACGUUCACGGUGCGGGUGCGCGCGGGCGCGUGCCUGGAGUCCCCGCAGCGCGUGACCCUGCGGGCGCUGGGGGUCCCCGAGGAGCUGGCGCUGGAGCUGGGACGCUGUGCGCGUGUCCGUGCGCCCAGAGCGCGCCCCGCAGCGCGCGGUGCCACGGGGGGGCGCUGCUCUGCGGGCUCUGCAGGUGUCCGGGGGGGCGCCGGGGCCGCCAGUGCGAGUGCGCGGAGGAGGAGGGACCGGGGGGGCCGGGGGAACUGCCCCCCCAACAGCACCAGCGCCCCCUGCAGCGGCGCCUGCGAGCGCCACCAGGGCUGCCCUGCGGAGGCCCGGAGCGCGGCGAGUGCGUGUGCGGGACGUGCCGCUGCCGCGCGGGUUCGGCGGCCGCGGCUGCGGGUGUCCCCUGGGCGGGGGGCGCUGCCUGCGGGGGGGGCGCGAGUGCAGCGGCCCACGGAGCUGCGAGUGCGGGACCUGCCGCUGCCACCCCGGCUACGAGGGACCGUUCUGCGCGCGCUGUCCCUCCUGCCACCCGCCCUGCCGGCGCCUGCGGGACUGCGCCGACUGCGGCGCCUUCGGGCGGGGGCCGCUGCGGGGGAACUGCAGCCGGGCCUGCCCCCGCGUCACCGCGCGGGGGGUCCCCGCGCCCCCCCGGGCUCCCGGGGCUGGUGCCGCCAGGAGACGCCGGACGGGCGCGUCCUCCUCUUCCUCAUCGAGGGGGGGCCCCGGGGGGACGAGUGGGACGAGGAGCGGGAGGUGACGCUGCUGGUCUGGGCUGAGCAGGGGGCCGCGGUGUUGCCGGCGCUGGUGGCCGCGCUGGUGGCCGCGCCGGUGGCGCUGGGGAUGGUGGCGCUGGCGCUGGCGCGGGCGGCGCUGGAGCUGCGGGGCCGGCGCGAGACCCGGCGGGAGCAGAACAACCUGCUCUUCAGAAGUGCCACCAGCACCACAGCCAACCCUGGGUACCGGCCCGACUGAGGGGACACUGGGACACCUGGUCCCGGCUCAGCCCAGUGGGUUCCAGUUCAGCUGCAGCUGGUCCCAGUUCAGCCCCAGCGGGUCCCAGUUUGGCUCCGGUUGUCCCAGUUCAGCCCCAGUUGGUCCCAGUUCGGCCCCGGUUGGUUCCAGUUCAGCCCAGUUGGUCCCAGCCCAGCCUCACCUGGUUCCGGUUCAGCCCCAGCUGGUCCAGUUCAGCCCCGGUUGGUCCCAGUUCAGCCCCAGUUGGUCCCAGUUCGGCCCCGGUUGGUCCCAGUUCGGCCCAGUUGGUCCCAGUUCACCCCACCCCCCGUUCUUGUGCUGAAAAGCCCCAUAAAAGGAGCCGUGUCCCA